AUGUACCGAGUCAGUCUGAAGGAGUCGGUUCAGAAGCUGCCAAACCCUAUUUACGGUGAGGAUGAGCCGGAAACGGUGGCCGUGAAGCUGUACCAGGCGAAGCACAUCAAGAACUACCACGAAGGUGACCCGGAACGCCUGAAUGACACCAUCAUCCUGAACGUGAUGAGCCAGAAAGGUCUCGGCCCAAAGGUGUACGGCAUCUUUGAAGGCGGCUUCAUCCAGGACUUCCUCACGCAUGAGCAGUUUCGGGCGGCGCACAUGGACCAGCCAGCUCUUCGAAAGCAGCUAAUGGAACUUUUAGCGGCUAUCAAUCUCCUGCAGAUUCCCAUUCGAAAGGACCGGGACCUGAUGAUGAAGCGGACGCGAGGCUUCAUCACUCGAGGCUAUGAACAGUGUGAAGUUCGGAAGUUAGCAGAAGAACUGAAUUUGAAGUAUCUCAAGGAGGAAGACGUCUUUGUGGAGUACGAUGAAGUGAUGAGCAAAAUUGAGGCAUUAAAGGCGCCACUGGUCUUUGUCCACAACGACUUUCGAGGAUCCAAUCUGCUUGUGGUGAAGAAUGAUACCGGUCAUCAAAUUUUUGCUUGUGACCUUGAGCACGGCGGCUACGGGACACGGGGCUUUGACCUCGGUUCUAUCUACUGUGAAUGGAACAAAAAGGACAUAAUGGACAUGGCCUUUACGCCACCCGAAGAUUCGGUUAUGGAGGAGUUGGUGGGGUUUUAUAUUGAAGCUUGCGAGCGUUUGGUGCCUGGAUAUGCCUCCAAAGAGGGUAACAGCGUCGAACAGCAUUUAAAAGAGGCUCGAGUGAUGGUUCUGGCAAAUAAGCUCUUUUUCACCAGUUUUAUGAUGCAAUUUACCGAGUCAAUUGUGCCGGACAUUCCGUUUGAUCAUAAAAAGCAUAUG